GUUCAUAUGAUAUCUAAGUGCACUGGUUGUGAGCUUGGAGAAUGUUGAAAUAACCAAAAUUGAAAUCUAAAGGUAUGGUGAAGUAAUGAAGGAGUUUCCAUAAAACACUGGUAUCCUUGCACAUUUUGAUAUUUCAUGGAUACUUUUAUCUAUGUUGCUAAAGACUGCUUCAGAUGAAUUCUAUCCAACCGAUUCGUCUAAACGUCACUUCUCAAACAACCUUUGAAUUUUAAAUGACGGAUGUACUGUACAGAACCCAUUGGAGGAGAAAUUACUGUUGCAUCUGAAUGUACAACGCGUAUAAACACUCCCAGCACAAUGAUGGAGAAAGCUCUAGAUGAUGAGCAAUUGAAUGCUAGUAGGUUCUCAACACCCAGUGACAAGUCUCAGACGAGAGGGUGUUAUUACACAUCAAUUCCAAGUAUUAUCAAACAAAAAGGAAUCCAUGCCCAACAACCAACUUCCUUGAAUCUUGACAAGACACAAUUGUUGGAACUACUAGAAUAUUAUGGAGGUUCUGAGGACUUGCUUCUUGCGGAGCUACAAUUGGCCUAUAUUGCAUUUUUGAUGGGGCAAUCACUUGAAGCAUUUCUACAGUGGAAAUCCUUGGUCAGUCUUUUAUUUGGAUGCACUGAAUCUCCUUUCCAUGCAAGAAGUCGACUAUUUGCGACGUUUAUUAGAGUCAUCUACUAUCAAUUGAAACAUGGACUUCAUAAAGAUUGCAGAGACACGAGCGGUGAAUCAUCCCUAUUAGAUGAUUCAUGGUUUUCUGCUGAUAGCUUUUUGCUCCGUCUUUUCAAGGUACGAGAUUUGAGUGCUUGAUUCUGCUGCCGCUGUGCAUUUUUCGUAUUACACUGCCGUACUUGAUUCAGUUUUUUCUUGUUGGCUUGUUGUC